UUUUUCAUACAUGAGAAAUAAGCCUCAGCGUCCUCCUCUGGAUGAGAACGAGCAUCUUCCGUGGUGAUCUGAAAGAGUAGUUGCCUCAUGAUUGGUGAUUAACUUACUGUACUACCAACACACCCUUAAACAGAGGAACGGAGACCGGCAUUCCGCAGCACAAUGGCCAGGAAUCGCAAAGACAGAGACAGCUGGGGCUCGUUCACAGAUAAGGGCAUAUAUGACUGGAGCUCAGAGGAGGAGGAGCCAGAUGGGAAAGCGCGGCCUGUACAGGUGCUGGUUGUCAAGGACGACCACUCCUUUGAGCUAGACGAGGUGGCCCUCAGCCGCAUCCUUCUGUCGGAGGAAGUGAGAGACCGUGAGGUGGUGGCCAUUUCAGUGGCCGGAGCUUUCCGGAAGGGCAAAUCCUUUCUCAUGGACUUCAUGCUGCGCUACAUGUACGACCAGGCCUCUGAGGGUUGGUUGGGGGAUCCAGAGGAGCCUCUGACUGGGUUCUCGUGGAGGGGCGGAUCAGAGAGGGAGACCACUGGAAUCCAAAUCUGGAGUGAGGUCUUCUUGGUGGAUAAACCGGAUGGGACGAAGGUGGCCGUGCUGCUGAUGGACACCCAGGGGACGUUUGACAGCCAGUCCACUCUUCGGGACUCAGCCACUGUGUUUGCCCUCAGCACCAUGAUCAGCUCCAUGCAGGUGUACAACAUCUCCCAGAAUGUCCAGGAGGAUGACCUGCAGCAUCUACAGCUCUUCACUGAGUAUGGCAGACUAGCCAUGGAGGAAACAUUCUUGAAACCAUUCCAGUCUAUGAUCUUCCUGGUGCGGGACUGGAGCUUUCCCUAUGAGUUCUCAUACGGACAGGAAGGAGGAAUGAAGUUCCUGGAAAAGAGACUUAAGAUCUCAGAGAACCAGCAUGAGGAGCUGCAGAACGUGCGGAAACACAUCCACUCCUGCUUCACCAACAUCUCCUGCUUUCUGAUGCCCCACCCAGGCCUCAAGGUGGCCACCAACCCACACUUCGAUGGCCGACUUCAAGAGAUUGACCCUGAGUUCACCAACCACCUGCGCGUACUGGUGCCCUGGCUGCUGAGCCCACGCAACCUGGACGUCAAGGAGAUCAACGGCAGCAACAUCACCUGCCGAGGCCUGCUCGAGUACUUCAAGGCUUACAUAAAAAUAUACCAAGGAGAAGAACUGCCACAUCCCAAGUCCAUGCUACAGGCUACAGCUGAGGCUAAUAACCUGGCAGCCGUGGCAGCAGCCAAAGACCUGUACAACAAGAAGAUGGAGGAGGUGAGCGGUGGCGACCGUCCCUUCCUGGCGCCCACCGAGCUGCACGCGCGGCACGGCGAGAUCCGGCAGGAGGCGCUGGCCGUGUUCCGCGGCGUCAAGAAGAUGGGCGGCGAGGAGUUCAGCCGCCGCUACCUGCAGCAGCUGGAGGCGGAGGUGGACGAGCUGUUCGUGCAGUACAUCAAGCACAACGACUCCAAGAACAUCUUCCACGCCGCGCGCACGCCCGCCACGCUCUUCGUGGUCAUCUUCAUCAUGUACGUGGCGGCCGGCGUCACGGGCUUCGUGGGCGUGGACGUGAUCGCCAGUGUGUGCAACAUGGUGCUGGGCAUGGCGCUCAUCACCCUCUGCACCUGGGCGUACAUCCGCUACUCGGGCGAGUACCGCGAGCUGGGCGCCGUCAUCGACCAGGUGGCUGGGGCGCUUUGGGACCAGGGAAGCACAAAUGAGGUGAGUCCACAGGAGCAAAUCAUCAACUCUGCCCUUCGUAAUCCAACGUCUGGAGGCAUUGGUUGGGCUCUCUACAAACUGUACAACGCAGCAGCCAAUCACCGCCACCUUUAUAACCACGCCUUCCCUGGCCAGGGGGCGGAGGAGCAGGAGGAACAGGAAAGGAACAGAAACUAAGUGGCAGAUCGCAAAGGAUCAUGGGUCUUGCCAGGAACACACGAUGGACAGUGGGACAGAGGGGAAAGGGUGGGCGGGAGGGAGGGCGGGAGGGGUGGAGAGGAAAAGAAUGGGAAAGAGAAAGAACACAGGAGAGAAAUAGAAGCAGGAAGUUGUUGGAGAAUAGAAUAACACACUGAAAAAAGAAUGGGGGGGGGUGGGGAGUGAGGGAUAGAGGACAAGAAACAGACAGAGGGAGGGAGGGAGAAGCAGAGAAAAAAAGAGAGAGGGGACCACACACACUCAAUGGGCACUCUUCUACUCUGGCACUGUCUCGAGCCGUCCACAGAUGCACUCACAUCUUUUAUGCUAAAAAAAAAAAAACCUGGGAGGAAACAUGAUGCCAAAUCAUGAUCAUGAUCACGAUGCCCCCCCCACACACACACACCCAUCCCUGGCAAACAGCACUCAGGCUUGUGUGGAACCUUCACAACCCACACAUCAUCAUUAUCAUCAUUAUCAUCAUCAUCAUCAACAUCAUCAACACUCCUCUGUUGCUGACACAUCUGUAAAUAACCCGUCCAUCACCUGCAGGAGGGGGUGGGGACAGGGAGGUUGCGAGGGGAAGGUGUUGUGUUCACACAGGUAGUCGGUUGUAGCUGUACCACAUUUAGAGGUCUACAGGGACUCAGGGGGGAGGUUUUUGGAAAGGCCAGCGAUGGUUCGCCACUGAGGGAAAUAUGACUCCAACCCCUGGCCCCCGUCACAUAAGAAAUAGCAGUGAGCUCCGGAAACAGCGCAAGGUUUGAGCAAAAUGUCAAAUGCUGCAAAGGGGAUGUAAUGAUGCAGAUGAUGUGAGGAGAUCAGUAGCGCCUGGGACCCUUUCAGCAGAGCCACCUGUGGUUCUUUCCCUGGAGUUUGUGGAGCCACCGGGCGAAUACUGACUCCGGCUCCUCGCUGUACAAAAAAUAUGUUGUUUGAUCCAAAACAUUUAGCUCUCUUUAAACCGGUUACUAUUGUCGUUACUGCAACUGCUAUUAUUACUAUAUGUUUGACCGAGCUGAUAACGUUUGUGUCUGAGAUCACUCAAAUAAGCACCUUUCCAAUAAGCAUGGUGAAAUGUCUCUGUCCAUUCUAGAUCGGCCCUGUCCUUGGUGAGGUAUACUGUACUUAGCUACUUACUGUACUUCUUAUUGUGUGAAGACCAUAGGGCUUUCUUCUCUGCGUGUUUUGAGUUGAUGUAGAUAGAACUAUUGUGUGCCAAGCUAAACUCAGCCACCACUGCAAUGCCGUCACAGACGCUUUCGGAUGCCAUCCUGGCGAGGCAAAGACACAGCCCAGUCAAUCCCUACCUGUCUUUCCUCCUGUGCUGUCGGUAGGAGCGUAUAGGAUCUGUAACACCCCUUUAGAUAGAAGGGUUUCAGGUUAGGAUUGGGACUUUGGGGUAGGAUGGUUCUAGCUAGUUAGAUUUACAUUUACACACACACACACACACUUUCAUACACAUGCACACAUUUACACACACACACACACACUUUCAUACACAUGCACACAUUUACACACACACACUCUCAGGGUGAGAGCUGUGCCUCAUACUGCAGCCUGCCAAGUUGUACUUUAGGCUAAAGGUAUGUCUUACAGUAUGUUUAUAGUGCAGGUUUUUCCACCACAGUUUGAUAAACACACAGACCACACAGUUAGCUUAGCAAGGUUUUUUAGCACUCUCAAGGUUGUAAACACAAAAAAAAAAACUUGCACAUAUAAACACAAACUGCUGCCAUUCCCUUACUGCAGUUGUGGCAUUUGUGGAAUGUAGUCCAACGAGGAAUGGGUGCACAAAAAAAGGCGCUUCUCCAGCCAUCUGUGUCAAAUACUAACUCACAUUUCAUGUCACAUUCUAAAAGAUAGUAGACCACAGCGCUUAAUGUCAAUGUGCUGAAGCCUUCAUACAUGACCAGUUUGCCACGUUAUUUUGCUUGUUAUUUUUACAGACCAAUGUCCAUGUGCUGAUGAUGUAAUGGGCCACAGGGGGGUAUGUAAUCAGCACCCAGCUGUUCUUGUGUUCUCACGUUUGCUUAUGUCACUUAACGCUUAAGCAGUCACACAGGUAUGGGACCUUUGUCUGCCCCUCUGUACAAACAAAGUGUCCUUCAUUUCUGUACUGAACUUCACCAUUCUGUCCCUUUGGUUAAGGCUGCCUCACGAGUGUGUGCUUUAAAUACGUUAUCAGAAAUAAAGUCUUCAGAACUGGUUUAAACAGGAAACUUGUCUGUGAGCAGCUGACACACUGUUUAUUGUGCAUUGGAGAAAUGAAUAACAGGUUUAUGAAGGUUUUAUGAUCACUUGAGCUCCAUUAAGAGCCACUUUGAUUUAGGUUUCUCCUCUAAAAAACAAGAUUGGAAACAGUGUUCUAGUCAUUGCUGUUGACCACCUUAGCACAUUCUAUUUGCUUGUUUAUUUAUUUCUGUGAUAUUGUUUUGUGACGACACCCCACCCCCACAUUGGUUAUUGCAUGUGGGAACGCUAUGGGCCCUGUGACAACCCCCCCUUUCCCUCCGUUCAGCCCUCCACUGAUCCCUGUGACCUUGUGGUGUCCAGAAUGCUCGUUAUGUUGGCCCAACACCCCCACCCCUCCCUCCCUGACUUGUGGACUCGGUGGCCUGUUGCCCUUUCUAGAUUGUACGGUGUUGAUUUGUAACUUCUGUUUUUGUUUUUAUUGUUGGAUGGGGAGGGGGGUUCUGGUGAGAUGCUUGGUGUACAUAUUAUAAAAGUUAUUGGAAAGAGAUUUUCUGCGUAACAUAAUUAUUGUAAAUGUACGUGUUUUGGGCUGGAUUGUUUUGUUUUGGUCUGUGAUGGCAGCACGUAAAAUGGGAUUCAGGUCAGUUUCAUUUAAGAGAAGUUUGAAUGGUAUAUUGGCGCCUAGAUGAAGUUAGUGUGCACUGUAAGAGACAAGAGACACUGUAUGACGUGCAUAGAGACUUUAUAAGACAUUUAUAAACCACAAAUAGCUUAUAAGCAUCUGUGAGCUUUUAUGCUCUGAAUAUAAAGGCUUCUGUAUGAAAUCUGAGUGUGUUAUUCAGUGUUCAUGUGACAACAAAACAGUCUUACUUGUUUCAGCACUGUCUUCCACGCUCUGUAACAUCAUAGACCUUCAGACAUUUUUAUUAAAUGGGAAAAAAGUGUUUGUCCUGUCUGGAGUUUCAAAACCAUUCUGGUUACUGUUGAUAAUGACAUUAGGCUAUUGAUAGUAUUGUUUACUGCUGUAGGCAGCCAUUACAGUUAGAAUUGUGGGCUUCCUCAGUGUCACUCACAUGACAUCACUAACUAGAAUGUUGUGAGAAUUCUACUUUGACCUGGGAAUUCUACUUUGAACUUUAAAAUUCUACUUUGAAAUAAACCUCUCAGUUGCACCUGGCUGAGAAAGACAUUACAAAGAG